CCCAAAGGUCCCUCUGGGAAUGGCAAAUACCCUGGCUGGGCCCCUCAAGGCUGGCUGUGGCCCUCCCUGCCCCCUCUUUGCAGCUGUCCCGCCCCAGUCCUACAGGCCUGGCCCCUGCUGUCUGGGGGCAGGGCGGAAGUGAGACCUGCAUACAGCGGCAGCUUCCCCUUUUCUACCCUGCUCCCUGCACGAGAACCCUUCCCCUCAGCUGCAGAGGAAGGGACGAAGCACCAUGGCCCCUCGCAUGGCUCCACUCCGCCAGACCUGCUGUUGCUUUAACGUCCGGAUCGCCACCACCAUCCUGGCCAUCUACCAUGUGAUCAUGAGCGUCUUGCUGUUUGUGGAACAUUCGGUGGAGGUGGCCCAUGGCACAGUCUCCUGCAGGUUCUCAAAGAAGCCGUACCUCAGGAUGGCAGAUCUGCUCUCCAGUUUUCUGCUCAUCGUCUUGCUUUUCGUCAUCAGCCUGAGCCUGCUGAUUGGCACCAUCAAGAGCCGGGAGAAGUAUCUGUUGCCUUUCCUGUCCCUGCAAAUCAUGGACUUCCUGCUGUGCCUGCUCACGAUGCUGGGGUUCUACAUCGAGCUGCCUGCCUACCUCCGGCUCACCUCCCGGCCCUGGCCUGGCUCCUCCAAGUUCUCCCUGGUGACCCCGCAGCUUCUGGAUUUCUGCCUGAGCAUCCUGACCCUGUGCAGCUCUUACAUGGGGGUACCCACCUAUCUCAACUUCAAGUCCAUGAACCACAUGAAUUAUCUCCCAAGCCAGGAGGGCUUGACUCACAACCAGUUCAUGAAGACGAUGGUCAUCUUCUCCGUGGCCUUCAUCACUGUGCUCAUUCUGAAGGCAUACAUGUUCCAGUGUGUGUGGAGGUGCUACGUGCUCGUGAAGUUCAUGAACUCGGCUGUGGGGACGAGCAGCCCCGAGAUUCUCCCGAAGGUGGCCCUGCCGUCCUAUGAGGAAGCCUUGUUUCUGCCCCCCAAGUCUUCAAAAGGGGGUCCUGAGCCACCCCCUUACUCAGAGGUGUGAGCCCAGCAGCCCGUCCUUGGGCCAGGAGAGGUGCAGCUGCCUCCUUACACGCUUCUUCCCUUUGUUGGCCGCUGUAGCCGUGUGGGCUCCUUGGCUGACUUCAGGACGAUCUGCUUGUGUCCCCCUUGCUGGCCUCUCCUCCUGGGGGGUACCCCUGCUCACAACUGGGUUACCCAUCAGGCUGAGUGUCCCUUUGAGUCACUAAGAAUUCAACCGAUGGCUUGGCUUAUUUCCAUCAGCAAUGACAUUUGCUUAGCUCAUGGGCAUGUUAAGUUUGGGUGAGUUUGGUUCAACGGCUAUGGGUUUGCUUGUUUGGUCUAGCCAUGCCCCUGUGGCUCACAGUGUACUGAGCCAGGCAGGAAAAGAAUAUGGCUGAACAGCCGCACAUGGCAUUGUUUCGUAAGUAGACCUUAGAUCACAAGGAAGCUUGGUGACAGUGACGCAGAUUAGCCACACCUCCCUCACCCUCAAAUAUAUAUAUAUAUCACCUCCAGAUUGGUUGCUUAAAUCAUUAGCAAUUCAGCCAAUUGGCUGUCAUUUUGAAUUGUGACAAAAAUUCAGUGAAGAAUGAAGGUAUCAACAAAAGAAAAAGACAUGGAGGUACCCUCUCCUCCCCCGUUCAGUUCAAUCUACUGGACGCAUGGCCACCACCUCUAUGUGGCUGGAAGCUGAUGAAUUCAGAUGAAAAUUCUAGAAGCUGCCCUGACUUCUUGCUGUGGGUAAUAGUGGUUACUUUCAUCUUGAGCUCUGCCCCUGAGCCAGCCCAGCAUAGUCAUAGAGCAGUGGUCUCCCUACACAGGCCACCUGAGCCACCGGCAGCUGUCAGGCUGAUCCCUAGGCCAGGCUGGUCCUGCCCGUCCAGUCAGAGGCAAGUCCUAGCCUGGCACUCAUGUUCUAUGGUGUCCACAGGAGCAUAGCCCUAUGCCCCUCUGCUGGCUUCCCCAAGGCUAGGGUCCCUGGAAGAGCUGCAAGGCAGGGUGAGGGCUGUGAGAGGCACCUGCCAUGCCUAUACAUGUCAUUGCUUUGUGUGGGACUUGGAAAAGGGGCCAAUAAAGUAGCUACAAGCUUCA